AUGGGCAAAGGCGGUGAUUCCACCAAGUUUGUCCGGGCGCCUUGGGUAAAGCAGGAGGCCCCGAAGAGGUCAACAUACCAGUCCGCGUAUGACAGCUCCUACAAGGGCAAGGGCAAGGGUAAAGACAAGGGCAAGGGCAAGGGCAAGGGGAAAGGUAAAGACAAGGGCAAGGGCAAGAGGAAGGGACCGGCCCCCUUCGACUCCGAGUUCUGGGAGGUCAAGAAGGCGGACGAGAAUAGAAAAGCGCUGGCAGGCACCUUCACUGGCACAAUCAGCAAGUAUCGGAGACGCAGGGAUGGGGCCUGA